AUGACUGAGCUUGUGAUCGGUGCUGUUAUCUCUGCUUCUUUUGAUUUUUUGCUUGAAAAGAUUGCAUCUCCAUAUGCUGAAGAGCUCUUCUUCAAAGGAAAAAAUGAAAGUGCUGUUUUUGAGAGGCUUUUCAAGUUGAAGUCAACCUUCAAUACUCUUGCUGCGGUUCGAUUUGAGGUGGAAAACAAGAGAAUCAAAAACCCUGCUGUGGAGAAGUGGCUGGACGAUCUUCUGGAUGCUGUUGAUGAUGCUGAAGACUACUUUGGCGAUAUUGCAUACGAUGCUAUGAAACCUGGCAAAGCUGAUGAGUCAAAGAAAGCAAAAAGGAAGACAAUUAGUAAGUUACUCUCUCGUUUCUCUAAAUCUUCCAAUUCAACUAAUCGUGUAAGGAAUGCUAAUAUGGAAGAGAUUCUUAAGAGGUUGGAGUACUUAGCCAAUCAGAUUGGAAACUUGAAUCUUGAAAAGAAUGUUGUCGAGAUGAAACCUUUAGAAAGUUCACGUGCAAAGACUUCUCUACCAGAUGAACCUGAACUAUAUGGUAGAAAGACUGACGAAGAGGCUUUGAUGAAGUUGUUGAUGUCAGAUGAAGAUAGUAGUGAGAAGAUAUGUGUCAUUCCCAUAGUGGGAAUGGGUGGGAUUGGGAAAACUACCCUUGCUCAAACCCUUUUCAACAAUGAAGGAGUGACAAAGAUGUUUGAACUUAAGACAUGGGUGUAUGUGUCUGAUAAAUUUGAUGCCAUAGCUGUGACAAAAACUCUCCUUCAAGAAGUAGCCCCGGGUAAUGCUUGCAGUGACAUGAAUUUGAAUUCACUUCAGAUUAAUUUGUCAAAUAAGUUAAAGGGAAAGAAGUUUUUGAUUGUUCUAGAUGAUGUUUGGGAAGAUGAUUAUGUUCAGUGGACAGACAUGAUGAAGCCUUUCAAAGACGGUGCAAGAGGCAGCAAAAUAAUGGUAACAACAAGAAAUGAAAAAGUUGCGGAUAUCAUUCGAACUGUUGAUACGCACCAUCUUAGAGAAUUAUCAGAAGAUGAGUGUUGGGCACUAUUUGUGAAGCAUGCUUCUAGUGGCAACUCUAGAAUGUUUAUUGUGAACCCAAAAUUAGAAAGGAUCGGCAAAGAAAUUUCCAAGAAAUGUAAUGGUUUACCUUUAGCUGCUAAAGUUCUUGGAGGUCUCUUGAGAUCAACAUGGGAUGCUGAGAGAUGGGAACAAAUAGCAAAUAAUAAUAUUUGGGAGCUAACACAUGAAAGGAGCAAAAUUGUUCCAGCUGUUUUGGAAUUGAGCUACUACUAUCUCCCCCCACACUUGAAAGGGUGUUUUUCUUAUUGUUCAAUAUUCCCAAAAGGCUAUGAAUUUCGAAGAGAGGACUUGGUCUUAAUAUGGAUGGCUGAAAAUCUUGUGCAACAUUUUGAAAAGAGUAGAAAAAUGGAAGAAGUUGGCUGUGAGUAUUUUGAUGAUUUAGUAUCCAUGUCAUUUUUUGUAAAGACAAAGACCUGGAGUGGUACAUCAUUUGUCAUGGAUGAUCUUAUUGUUGAUUUGGCUAGAACUAUAUCUGGAAAAUACAGAUGUUGUUUGUUAGAGCAAAAUGGGGACAUUGAUAAGCUUGAGAAGAAGACACGUCACCUUGGAUGUGUCAAGGAACUUUAUACUGAUAACAAGAUAUCUAGCUAUGAUUUUGAAGCUACUCGUUUACGAACCUUUUUAACAUUAGGUUCAAGAUUUUUUGAAGUCAAUAUUUCCAAGGAAGUAGUGGAGAAUUUGCUACCGAUGUUGAAAUGUUUGAGAGUUCUAUCUUUCUGUGGUCUUCAUAUAACUGAGUUAUCUGAUUCAAUUGGUGAACUAAAACAUCUUCGCUAUUUAGAUCUUUCUGGCACGAAGAUUGUGAUGUUGCCCGAAUCUGUAAGUGUAUUAUACAAUUUACAGACAUUGAAGUUAGAAAAUUGUCAUCGACUUAAAACUUGGCCUAAAGAUAUGCAUCGUCUCAUUAAUUUGAGGCAUCUUAUUGUAAGUGGAAGUAGACUAGUUGAGAUGCCAAGUCAAAUAAGUAAAUUGAGGAAUCUCCAAAUGUUGACAACUUUUGUUGUGGGGAAGAAUAGUGGCGCAACAAUAGAAGAGUUGGCAGUUUUUCAAUGUCUACGUGGAGAACUUUCCAUUAAGAAGUUAGAAAAUGUGGUCAAUAUUACAAAAGUAUCCAAUCAAGUCAAUCUUCUGAAUAAGAAUCAACUUGAGAAAUUGAAUUUGGCAUGGAGUGUGAAUAAUGUUGUUGUUGAUCAAAAACAUGAAGAGAGUGUGUUAGAAAUGCUUGCACCUAACACAAAGUUGAAGCAGCUCAAAAUUCUUAAUUACCCGGGCACAAAAUUUCCAAACUGGGUUGGGAAUGAUUCAUUUAGCAACAUUUAUGAAGUAAGGCUUGAUGGUUGUAGGCAUUGCUCUAGUUUGCCACCCUUUGGGCAACUUCCUUUCCUAAAAGAUCUUUACAUUUCAGAAUUCAGUUCGGUAGUGACAGUGGGAGCUGAGUUUUACGGGAAUAGUUCUGCUAGAAAGCCAUUUUCAUCAUUGGAAACAUUAAGCUUCAGCAACAUGUCAUCAUGGGAGCAAUGGCAUUCAAUGCAAACUGAAGAAGCAACAACAUAUGGGAAGCUCAAAACACUUACGAUCAAUCAUUGUCCUAAGCUCAUCAGAGAUUUGCCUCGCUUCCUUCCUUCAUUAGCAUAUAUUAGAAUUGUAGGACAUGAGGAACAUUCAUUAUUAAGUCUCCCAAGAUUACCAUGUGUCACAAAAAUGAGAAUUCAUCACUUGGAGAAUUCAGAUAUAUUGUACAAGGCAACAAAUCCAACAAAUCCUUCUUCCAGUUCUACAGGAUGUUUCCCUUCCACUCUUCAGGAGCUUCGUUUGUUGUCUUGCGGGUCAUCGUUUAGAUCUCUCAAUAUGGAUUUGUUUCCCAAUCUCAAAACUCUUGAAAUUGCUUUCAGCCACCAUAUUGAAGUUGUCUCAAUGUCCGAUGGGAAAUCUCUAGAGGAACUAACAUCUUUAACUAUCCGAGGUUGUAACAAUUUUGUAUCUUUCCCAGAUGGUGGACUUAUUGCUCCCAAGCUGAGUGAGUUUAUCAUUCGCGAUUGCUCUAAAUUGAAGUGGUUGCCAAAGAAGAUGACUUCCCUCCUAUCAUUAGAGUCAUUGGCAAUCGUAGAUUGUCCUUUGAUGGAGACUUUCCCUAAAGGUGAAGGUGGUCUGCCUGUUAGUUUGUCUACGCUUGAAAUAUCAUGUGAUGUAUUUCAGAGGAUGAAAUGCAAUUGCCAAACAUUACCCCAUCUUACCAAUCUUUCUAUUGGUGGAAAUUUUAGUGAAGAUGUAGAAUCAUUCCCGGUGAAAGGGCUACUACCUACCACUAUUACCUCUCUUGAAAUAUGGGGAUUUUCAGAACUUAGAGGUUUAGACAAAAAUGGGCUCGGACAACUCACCUCGUUGCAAACACUUUCAAUCUUGUUUUGCCCCGAGUUGCAAACAUUGUCAGAAGAAGGAUUUCCAGCCUCCCUCACUUCUUUAACCAUAAAAUAUUGUCCUCUUGUAAAGAAAAAGUACGACCCCAAGGAGAGUGGGAAUGAGGAGUACUGGACCAAGAUUAGUCACAUACCAAAUGUCAAAUUCUAA